AUGGGCCGACAGCGGACCUCGGGAGAAUCCGUGGUCCAAUACUUCAUGACACAGCUGAAUGAACUGAGUGAACUGAGUGAACUGAGUGAACUGAGUGAACUGAGUGAACUGAGUGAACUGAAUGAACUGAAUGAGCUGAGUGAACUGAAUGAGCUGAGUGAACUGAAUGAGCUGAGUGAACUGAAUGAGCUGAGUGAACUGAAUGAGCUGAGUGAACUGAAUGAGCUGAGUGAACUGAAUGAGCUGAGUGAACUGAAUGAGCUGAGUGAACUGAAUGAGCUGAGUGAAUUGAUGGAAUAG